AAGAAUAUCAUCGAUCUCAUUAUUUUUUAAUCAAUGAAAGUGAUCAAUGCCUUUCAUUGAUCCCUGCCACCGGUCCGCGAUUUAUAAAAAGUCCAAGCGGCCUCCCAAUAGUCCACGGCUACGGUCCCAUUACAUUAACGUGUUCCCCAGACAAACAGGCAAGAAGGAAGAAGUUGAAAAGAGAGAGAGAGAGGCUUGGCAUCCGUUAGUGACUGAAGAAGAAGAUGGGAGUGGCUGAAGAUGCACAUAACGUGAAGGUCCUGGGGUCAGGCGAGAAGACCGUCGUCCUUGGCCAUGGCUUCGGCACCGACCAAUCCCUUUGGAAACAUCUCGUACCUCACCUUGUUGAUGAGUACCGCGUCGUCCUUUACGACAACAUGGGAGCUGGAACGACGAACCCCGACUACUUCGACUUCGAAAGAUAUGCCUCUCUUGAAGGCUAUGCCUAUGAUUUACUGGCCAUUUUGGAGGAGCUCCAAAUUCAAUCGUGCAUCUUUGUCGGCCAUUCUCUGUCCUCCAUGACGGGUGCAAUUGCCUCCAUCUUUCGCCCUGAUCUUUUCGAGAAACUCAUCAUGAUUGCGGCUUCCCCGCGGUUCAUAAACACUGACGACUACUUCGGAGGAUUUGAGAAAGAAGAUGUGGAUCAACUCUGCAAUGCAAUAGAGACGAAUUACAAGUCGUGGUGCUCUGGAUUUGCACCCCUUGUGGUAGGGGGAGACAUGGACUCGGUUGCCGUCCAAGAAUUCAGCAGGACCUUGUUCAACAUGAGGCCGGACAUAGCACUGAGCGUGUUUCGGACCAUAUUUACGUUCGACCUCAGGCAUUUUCUCUGCCGCGUCACCGUCCCUUGCCAUAUCGUCCAAAGCACCAAGGACUUGGCCGUACCGUUAGCAGUGUCGGAGUAUCUCCACCAGAAUCUUGGGGGCCAGUCUCUGGUUGAGGUCAUUUCUACGGAGGGUCACCUGCCACAGUUAAGCUCGCCGGACAUCACAAUUCCGGUCAUUCUCCGACAUAUUCGACAUGAUAUUGGAAAUGAGUGAUUUCUGAUCAGCGGACGUCGUUUGUACUUGUAUUUGUACUAAGCUUCGUAGAUGGGCUUUGACUGUGUGCGUGUGCGUGCGUUUUUUUUUUUUUGUAAAAAAAAUAUUUGUAACGUUUGUUUCCAUUUUCAAUUCCUCUUACAGCUUAGAGGUAAUUGUAUGUUUUAGUGAUCGUUUUUUUCAAUCGUGUUAUUUGAGAUUACAAUUGAUGCAUAA